GGGAGGCUCGGAUAUCAGAAGUCUCAUAGAACAUGACCCUCGGAGUAACGCAUUGCCGGUGACCCGGACAUGAUAUGAAUAAACACCUGCGAAACUGGUCAAGAAGUUCAGGUAUACGUGUUUAACGCCCGCAACAUUAACAUCCUUCCAUCUUCCUUGUAUUGCAGGUAACGCCGCCGCCGCCGCCUGGCAAAUAUACCAGGUCUCUACUUUUGGAACAGGUCAGAUUAGAACGAAAAGGUAUAGCCUGAAGCCAGGGCUCGUCACGAUAUACCAUGUCAACGAUCUCCGACGAGGAACUCUUCACGUACGCUGAGCGUAUUAAAGGAAAAGUCGUUGUCAUAACAGGAGCUGCAAACGGCAUCGGCAAGCGGACAGCUCAGGUUUUUGCGAAAUACGGGGCAAAAAUCGUAAUUGGAGACCUAGACGUCGAUGGCGCAGGGGCGACUGUAGCGGAAUCGAUUAAAGCUGGAGGAGAGGCAGUGUCGCAGCGCUGCGACGUUCUCAAUUGGGACGACCAAGUAUCUCUGUUUGAGUUAGCCAUGAACACGUACGGGGCUGUAGAUGUCGUGAUCCCAAAUGCGGGUGUCACUGAGAUGGGAAUAUUCAAUAGAGUGGAAUUCAAAAACGGCAAGCCCAUUAAACCAAAGACUACCACCCUCGAGGUGAACUUGCUAGGCGCUUUAUACACUGCACACUUGGCACUUUAUUAUCUAAAGGUUGGUAGUGUACCCGGUUCUCUCAAGGCUAUAAUUUUCAUGGCGUCGAUGUCGUCGUGGCAAGCCAUCCCAGGUGGGACAAUGUACUCUGCAGCCAAACACGGAGUCCUUGGCGUUAUGCGUUCCCUUGAUCCCAUUUUGGCUCUCGACGGCAUCCGUACAAAUGCCAUACAUCCAUGGUUCGCAGAUACCGCUAUCGUCCCAACCAUCAUGCGGUUAGCAAUCGCUGGAAUCCCUUUGACGCCUGUUGAUCGCAUCGCAGGGGCUUUCUUUUACGCGGCUACAGAUCCAGAUAUGAACACAAGUGGAUCUCCUCUUCUUUUACCCGAUGAUGGACCAGUAUUCAGGCUGGAUAAGGAGGAGCUCCGAGAGGGCGUAUAUGGUCUGGUGAAUGCUCGUACGGCGAUGCUCACAAAGGGGAUUUCCUCCUUGAAGUUAUUCAUCGGAUUCGUCAUCGAUCUAUUGCGGGUUGUAAGAGGAAAUAAGGGGUUCCUGAUUAUGUUUUCUGUAACAGCCUCGUUGGCGUUAAGCAGAGUCCCGGUAAUUUCCCAGUGGAUUCGAAAAUAAGGUUUGUAACGCACGUAGGGAUAUUGCCCAAAUUGUUCUUCUGUCCGCCUCGAUCUCGUAUUGUCAUUGGCCUAUGAUGCCCUCCGUGAUUACUGCUGUCAACUAGUCACGGUUGACCCAAAAAAAACCAAGGACCGCUAAAGCUCCUGUAAACGAGUUUACGUCGUAAAUGAUCAGUAUCAGCAUAUGGUCUGUGUACUGCCCAACUAUACCACAUCCAAUUGGAGGGUAGCUUCACUAGCUUCAAUGAUGGGUUCCCAAAGAGAACCCAUUGAGCAGCUGUUUAAGGCUGGGUGAUCGGACCACAAAAGCGCAGACUUGAACGGGUUCUAGGUAAGGCGAAGAAAUGGUGAACCUGACUACUGUCAAAUUGUAAGCACCCAGCCGCAGCGCUGGGAAGCGACCCGCCAUAACAGCAAUCAUGAUGUGGAAUAUAGACGUAUAGGGGAAGGCCUACGUGUGAUGU